AUGUCUUCGAUGUCUGCGAUGUCUCGGGAGGAUCUCCUUCAGGAGUUGGAGAAGGAGAGGCGCCUUCGGCAGCAGGCCGAAGAAGAGAACGCAAUAAAGGAAGAGGAGAACAAUAAGCUGAGAAAACAAAUAGAGCCAACAACUCUACCCGAAUUCUUAGAUGCCUGCCAUGUUCAUCUAUUCGUUGGCUUUUCUACGCGUAUCAAUAACAAGACCGGAACCCAAGGAGGUCCUGAAAAUGCAACAUCCAAGUUACGGCCCAACUAUAUCCGGGAAUGGACUACAUUCCCUCAGGAGCAGUCGAAAGUAUGGGAGAUGCUCUUUGAUGUUGAAUUCGUUUCUGAACCCCAUUUUUCAUCCUUACAUGCCUUGGAGGAGGCAGGCAAAGAUAUACGGUUAAGAUUAUUAGGGUCAGAGCUAGACCUUGGUUAUUACGAGCGCUAUACGGUUGAGGAUCGUGUGGCAUUAGUUAUCCGGACUCUUUAUGCAAAUCGCAGACUACGCAAUACAUUCAACCUCAAGGGGGAAGUGAUAUUUGAAAACCACGGAAAUACCAUAAACGAACCAGGCAGCGCCAACCCAGCCUCGAAUCCAGAUGUCAAAUCGCCACAGCAGUCUCCGGUGCAGAAGCGGCGGAAACAACUUGAUCAAUCUGCUGCGCCCACUGUGCAGUCUAGAUCAUCUCGCCCUCGCGCUGACCAGUUCUGUGUUUAUAAUACAGGCUCUGAUGGAAAUAUACCAGCUUUUAUCAUCGAAUAUAAGGCCCCUCACAAGCUUACCCUAAAUACUGUGAAGAAUGGGUUAGGAGAUAUAGAUAUCGACGAUGUGGUUAUAUACAGAGAGAAUGAUGACGCGAAGAGGCUCGCUCGACGCAGAGUAGCUGCGGUUAUUACUCAGACGUUUUCUUACAUGGUCCAGGCCAAGCUUGAAUUCGGAUAUAUUUGCACCGGGGAAGUAUUUAUAUUUCUCCGUGUGGCACCCAGUGAUCCUACGAUCGUAUACUAUUAUCUCUCUAGGCCAGCUAAAGAUGUCGGAGAGACCACUGGCUGGGUUAGUGGUUCGGACGGCCAUAAUAAGCUGCACUUGACGGCAAUAGGACAGGUUCUUGCCUUUACCCUCCGGGCCUUGAGAUCCCCGCCACACAGCCAGACUUGGCCUGAGGAUGUGGAGAAACAGUUGAAGCGGUGGGAGAUUGAACAUGAUGAUAUUCUCUUCAAAGAUACUGAGGAGGACAGCCCGCCGAGCAAGAGGCUUUCUGACUAUGAACCAGAACAGAAAAGCAGGCUUGAAUAUGUCCGAAUGUCACCAGUCAGAACAAGAUCAAAACGUUUGGCGGCAGCCUCCUCAUGCCGUGACCCUGAGGAGGGGCAAGAAAACUCAGAGUCUGGCGAUAACGAUGAUAGCAGUGAAAACGGCGGGUUUGACCCUGCUAGCCCAACCCCAAGACCCCCACGCCCUUCCUCAAACAUCAUGGUUGUUAUACCUCCUCGUCCUCCUUCUUCUUCAACUGAGAGAAAGCAAUAUAUGUACAAUACAGGACCAUUCAAUCCGUGGUGCACCCAGAAAUGCCUUCUUGGCCUACGAAUCCGGGGCCCUCUUGAUCCUAAUUGCCCAAACAUAGCUAGUCAUGGUGGUGGCAGUCGACACGCUAUUAACGACAGUGAAUUCCGCGAGCUAGUCCGCGAGCAAAUUGUAGGAGGGAGGGGCCCCUGGGGCUGUGAAUCUAUGCACCGUCAUGGAACCUCUGGUGCAUUAUUCUGGCUUGUGACCUUCCCGUAUGGAUAUACUCUUGUUGCAAAAGCAAUGCCCAUUGAGACAGUUAAGCGUGCUGUUUAUGAAGAGAAGAUAUACCAACAUUUGCAUAUGAUUCAAGGAACUUAUAUACCUGUUUGCUUGGGGAGUAUCGAUAUAUCAAGACGGCCAUUAUGGUACGAUGGUAUAUUCCAAGUUGUUCAUCUCCUACUCCUUAGCCAUGUAGGGAAACUUGUCAAACUACACGCAGGUCUUAACAAAGUGAAAGACCUUAUACCCUCUGCGUGUGAGUCGCUGCAUGCAAUCCACAUGCACCGUACCCUACACUGUGAUACGCAUAUUGGUAACAUGUUCUGGAACACAGAAAAUAAACGGGUGAUGAUUAUCGAUUUCGAGCGGGCCAAAAUUACAAGUGUUAACAUGCCGACAAAAAAGAGAGAGCGAGGGACAGAUCCCAAUCCUACUAAGAAGGACAUUGAAUUUAAAAGGGAGAUACUGGUAGCAAAGAGUAAUAUGUCAUUUAGAUAA